AUGGAUGGUUCUCAUCAAGAAUUAUCAAAUACCGAGGAACCUGAGACACCAGAUAAGAGUGGUCCAUCUUCCCAGCACUUGGGCACAGGGAUGGAUAAGAAAAAUGCUGUGCUCGACAAGAGAAAAGCAACCAAGAAAAGGAAGGCAGAUUCACUCAGAGAUGAGAAGAGUGAGACAAAGAAGAAAAAGAAGAAGAAGAAGAAGCUCCAACGAGUUCAAAGACCCAAUUACACUGUACAGCAUGGUGAAGAUAUGCUUCUGAUUAUAUCAAACGUUAGCCAGAUUGAUAGUGUUUGGAAACCUAAGCGAAAAGGUUGCAAGAGGAAAAAGGCCAAAACAAAGAGCACAUCAGUGAGGAGGAAGAAAGAACUGACAAAACCUAGAGUCUCUAAAGUCACUGAAGAAGUUUUAGGCAAUGAUGCUGAUUUGGAGGAAUCAGAGCCUGCUUUGAGCUUUGACUGGGGACAAAGGAUGCCAAUGGAAGUGUUGGUAAAGAUCUUUGAACUGGUCGUUCUUCAAGAUGGUGCCAUACCGUUUCUCUGCAGGGUUGGCCGAGUUUGUCAUCUGUGGAACAGUGCUGCUUCUUCCCCAUCUCUUUGGCGCAGUGUGUCCAUUGGCUACUGUUGGAUUGAGCCUGGUAAGAGUCAGUUACCUGGAACUGAACAGAAGAUUAAGAACACUGUAGACUGGCUAACACAGAACAGGUUCUCGCAACUGAGGAAUUUCAAGCUUUGUCACUGGAAAAAGCAUGUUGACUACGUUGUUCAGGUAAUUUUCCAGCCCAGUGACUAA